AUGGGGGGUAUUCACUUCUGCAACCGAGCCUUUGAAAAGCUUUUGGAGAAAUAUGGCGUUCGUCACAAAGUUACCACUCCGUAUCACCCACAAACGAGUGGGCAAGCCGAGGUGUCAAACAAAGAAAUCAAGAGUGUUUUGACCAAAACUGUAAAUGCUACUCUGACUGAUUGGGAAAGAAAAUUGGAUGAUGCAUUAUGGGCUUACUGCACUGCAUUCAAAACUCCGAUUGGAAUGUCACCGUAUAAAUUGGUAUUUGGAAAUGCAUGUCACUUGCCAGUGGAGUUAGAGCAUAAAGCCUUCUGGGCGUUGCGACAAUUAAAUCUGGACGUGGAGGCCAUUGGAACUAGUAGAGUCACAGAGUUGCAUGAACUUGACGAGUUUCGAUACCAUGCUUUUGAGAGUACUAGGUUAUACAAGGAAAGAAUGAAACUGGUGCACGACAAAAAUAUUCUUAAGCGAAAUUUUAAGCCGGGAGACAGGGUAUUAUUAUUCAAUUCGAGAUUGAGGUUGUUUCGGGGCAAAUUGAAGUCAAGAUGGUCAGGACCAUUUCGUGUGGUAGAGAUUCACCCCACCGGAGCCGUAGAGAUUGUUGCAGAAAAUGACUCCCGCACGUUCAGAGUCAAUGGGCAUAGGUUAAAAUAUUAUUUGGGCAUGGAUGACGCGAAAGUGAUUUCGGCAAGUCGUACGCAGUAUCUCACGUUGCCUGGUCUCCAGCGAGCUAGGCCAGCGUUAAGCCAUGCGACACCAGGUACAAAUAUGCCUCCAAGAAAAGACACUGGUAAAGACAAAGCCACAUCCACUACUCCCUCUAAGGAUUAA